CGGGCGAUACGAGUUCAAGGCCAUUCAAACUGUAAGAGCUCAGCGAGUGUUGUUGAUGUUCAUUGUGUAGUUGUCUUUCUGUAUAAACAUAAUUUUUUAAAUACAUCUGCGAGUAUAGUGAUCCCGCCUGUGUUAUGAGCUGCUGUGGAAGCGGGGCCAUGGCCCCUAAUACCAUUGAGACCAUCGCGACCGCCCCCUUUGAUGGCCAGAAGCCAGGAACAAGUGGUCUCAGAAAGUCUGUUGGCGUCUUCCAGCAGCCUCACUACUCGGAGAAUUUCAUACAAUCUGGACUCACUGCUGGUCUAGGAGACAAGUUGAAAGGGGCGAGUCUGGCUGUCGGAGGAGAUGGGCGAUUCUUUUGCAAAGAAGCAGCCCAACUGAUCAUAAAGAUCGCAGCAGCCAAUGGGGUAAUAACUAAAUAAAUUAACUUCUCACUCAGGACUUGGUUAUAGUAUAGUAUAGUUAUGUCUUCUGCGCCUCCAACUUAAAAAUUAUGAAUAACAUAAUAAUUAUACUAAUACACUACUGUGCUAAUAAAUAUUUAGAGAAUUGUAAUAAAUAAUUGUACUCUAAAGAGGCUAAAUAGUCCAAGGCCAGAGAAGGGUCUACAAUCUAUGGCAUGGCAUGGAUUGAUAAUUUACAUUUUUUUUGGUAAUUAAACCAAUACAAAGUAGGAUCUAGCCUCUAGGCUAGGUAAUCUACAACUUGAGGGUCAGCUAAGAAAAAAUCCAGUUGUUCAGGCUUGAAGGGCUAUAUUUAAACUAUUAUUCUUUAGGGGUGUGCCGGAUCCGUUUUUUCCAACCGGAUCCGGAUUCCGGAUUUUGGUACUAUUGGUAGAUACUUCGGUAAGUCAAGUGGACUACUACUUUUUGUGUAUGGGAAUUCGCAAUCGGCGCCAAAAAAUCCGAGUUUUUAAUUUUCCGAUGUGUGUGUCUAUUUAUUAUUAAAUUAGUACUUUCGAUAUAUAUUUGAGUUCCGUUCCAUUUGGAUAAGUGUCUUACGAGAGACGCCAUGUUUCUACGCGUUCGCAGCAGGUUAUGCAGCUCGCUCAACCUAAUUUCGCCAUGGGGUUGGCCACGCCCCCCUUUUUAAUGGCGGAAGUUGACGAUACUUAGGAAAUAUUAAUUUAUUAUCACUAUUUACAUCAAAAUAAUUGAUAACUUGUGUUUCAGAAUGCAUUUAAAGACAUUUAAACUGGAAUGUUUUAAUUUGAGCUUUAACAACCCGGUAGAAUCCAUAUUAUAAAUGAUCAGAAUUUACCGUGUGCAACACGUUGUCAUUGGCAACCAUUCACAGCCACUUGCAUAACUGUAUCGUAGUACUACCUCAGAGUUUCAUUCAUAAGAGUUUGCCGUGUGCAAAAACUAUUAAACCAUUGGUCAGGGAAAGCUUUAAUUAAUUAUUCAUGUGCCAAAGUUGAAAGUUUAAACUAAGUCUAAACAGUAUUUUAGUGAUAAGGCAGGGAAUGCGUUGCCUUAUAUAAACUAUAUAGUCAUUGCGCAUGACGGGAUUGGUGGAAUGAGAUCACAGAAUGUGGAGAUGCAGUCCAUGUUAAAAAAUGACAAACCAAGUCGUACUUUAAAAAUUCAUAACUUUAAAACUACAACAGCUAAAAAUAUGAUUUUGGUGUUAUAAUUCUUUAAAAAAUUACAUCUUUUCAACUAUGCCAUUGGUUUAUUUUUACAAAAAGUUUAAAUUUUCUUAUCAAAGUCCCUACACUAUUGGCCACUAUUAGCGGUGCUGACUCUAGCCUCUGGUAUGUACGGAAUAUUAAACAUUAAACAAGCUCAACGCUCGAAACAAUCAAUUAAUGUAUCGUGAUCGUGUGGAAUUCGGGAAAGAGAAUUACUUUUAUUUCAGAUUAUGAUCCGGUGAGUCACAAAAUCUGGCAAAUUCCGAAAUCCGGUAUAUUCCGGAAUCCGGUUGUUCCGGAUACAUGUAAAUCCGGCGGAACCGGAUUUCACCGGAUAGUGCAAAAUCCGGCGGAACCGGAUUCCGGACCGGGGUCCGGCACACCCCUAUUAUUCUUAUACUAAUAAGAUCCAAAACGAUGGAAAUGUUUUUUAUGCCAUUGUACAUAUUCUUUCCAGCAUAUAUAAUAUAUUAUAUUUAAUACAAAUAACACAAGACAGACAAUUUUUUGAAAUAGAAAAACUAAAACAAUUUUGUUAACCAUAGAAGAAUUUAAACAAUUUAAUGUGUGAAAAUGAAAUUAUGCAUAGUCGUCCCCCAAGGUGACAAUAAAGUUAAAAAAAAUAUAAUUUCCACAAAUAUGGUUGCGGAAUAUGAACUCAAGUAAAUAUGAAGGGAAAAGAUAACAGCUUGUGCCAAACUGUCUUUUCAGCUUGCACUUUGUGGGCAUCCACAUGUUUUCCACCUUCUGUUUGUGGACAUAAGCGUCAUCUGGAUGUACAAAAUUUUGUUGAUGCACCACCACGGAGUGUUAAUAUCUAUCAUUUCUUAUUUGGUUCUUCUUCUCUUCUAUAUUUUGAGGGCCCACGAUCAAUGGAUUGAUCAUUUUGGCUCUUAUGUUUCAGAGGCGUUCGCGAUGUUACUGUGCAUGGUUUUCAAGGGGAUACUUCACUGGUUGCAAGGGCUACUCAGCAAGAGUUUUUAUGAACUGGGUUUGGAAGACAGGAGGCACAAGCUGCAAAUGUGUCAAGUGUAGUCGCCUCAACUGUUGCUUUUGGAAGCUUGGUUUAUAUUGGUAUAAGCCGCCCACCAGUCUGAUACUGUGGUGAUUUGACUUUUAAUAUAUUAGUGAGGAGCAUCUCUCGUAUGAGAUCUCCUCUUGGCUCUCGUUCUAGGGUUACGUUAUUUGAGCCAAACCACCACACAGACAUAACACCUAUCUAUUUACAUAUAGUAUAGACCGAAACAAAGUCUCAGGUAAAGGAUAAAUAACUAUGAGUAUUUAUUGAAUAAUAAUAUUUACUAAAUCCUCUUUUACACACUCCUGGUGCUUAACAUAUAAUCAUCAAACAGAUUUUAUCCCAAUUAGAAAUUUAUAUUACUGCAAAGCAAGUGUCCCUAACAUACAAGCGGUAUCAUCAUAAAAAUGCUAUAUUUGCUCAAGUUCUAUGCUCAAUCUUGGUGGACUUAUCCUCUAUAGUCCAAGUGAUGAUCUCGGUGGAUCAUACAAUAAGGGAGUUCCUUCAGUUCUAGAAGCGUGUCCCUGUUCCGGCCUUCGGAGCUGUUCUAGGCGUAGCGAAGUCGGAGUUCCUGGUCGUAGAUUCCGUGGAAUGUCUGCGAUGGGGAAAAUGACUCUCCCGUGAUAAAUCGUGGUGGUGAAAGUCCCUGGAACUCGAAGUCCUUUUGGUAGCUGGCAGGUAGUUUGGUAGUAGGAUGUAGAUCAAUCUCCUAGCGCCAGCUCAAGGUAAGUCGGUCCAGUAAUAGAAACCAGGCUAAAGGCAAAAUGAUACAAAAAUGGAUAAGUAUCCAAGCGAAUAGCCAUAAGCUGAUAAGUCCCGUUAUACUAGCAACGAAUUCAGAUCGAUGUAUAAAAGGUGACAUAGCUCUUGCAUAUACAUCCAAAUUUUGGAUGGGAUUAUAAGUCUGAUCAUUGUCGGCGUAAGCAGAUCUUGCUUCGCGACAAUGUUGGACCAAGCAAACAUUUCAAUUAAUAAAGCAUGGGACAUGGUAGUAUUAACAAUCAUUAAAAUUAUAGGUACAUGAUAUUCGUAUUGUCUUCUUUUUAAAAGAGACAUGUGCACUCUAGAGCAACACCUACCAUUCCCAUGAUGGAAUGGCGGUGGGUCGUAGUAAGCGGCAAAAAUCAAUAAUAGAAUUCAUAAUUUCAAUACAGAUGAAUAUAGGCAUUAUUAGGAUAAGAUCAAACACGAACGAAUAAUAUAAAUACAUGGGCAGUAACAUGAUACCAAAAUCAUGGUUGCGUACUUACUAGUACUCUAGGUAGCAGUCGCAGUUAAGUAUCUCGCUAGUGAAGUACUAAGUCCAGUUACUUCAAGCGUUCACAAUUGAGUGAUCAGAUCUUAAAAGACGUGUACUUGCUAAGUAGUCCUAGGUUGCAGUUAUGAAUCACGCUAGAGAAGUUCUAAGUCGAGAUCCUUCCGGCGUUCACGGUCAAGUGAGCAUGAUCAUAAAAGACAGAUUGUUGCUUGUUCAGGCUAUUUAUUCGAGUUGGGUGGCGAUUAGGUGAUGAUUUCAAUUGGGUGAUUCAAAUGUUGUAUGUUUUUCCUUCCAAUGAUGAUCACUUUCGAUGUUGCGGGUUUGACCUCCUACCCUCAAGGUUUUUCGGGGUGAGGUGAAAAUCCAAAUUCACGCUUUUGCGUGAGCAAUCUGGUUCAGAAAUGCAAUAACAACGAAGGGGCGCUACUCAGCUUUGCUGUCUCCAGGGCAGAAAUGAGGGGGGUGACGGUAUUAAUUUCCUCAAGGUUUUUCGGUGGGAUGGGUUGACCGCAAAUUGCACGCUCUGGAGGUGAGCGAACUGAGACAGGAAUGCGAUAUCACAAGGGAACUCACUCGCGCUAAGCGACUGCGGGGCAAAACAUAGGGAGGAAAUGGUAUUAUAUUACAGGGUAUUCAAAGGCGUAGUUGAGGGGAAAGAAAUUUUAUAAAGUCCAACUCCAGAUCAUCACAGAUACAAUCAGUGAUUCUGGAAGUUUAAAUCCUUCUAUGCACUCUUGUAAUGUGGUUGCACCUCAGUCUGGCACUUCGAUAAGAAAACAGUGCCCACUCUCUCUUUCCACAUCACCGAAAACCCAGUGACUCUCUCUCCCCUGUCCAUGGUGGUAUUUCCUGUGGAAAUAUUUUGUUUUAUCAAUAUCAACUAUAAUGGAUUCUCCUUGAUCGUCGAAACCCCAAUUUCAGAUGCAUUAGCAGCCAGCAAGAUUUAACACUCCUCCCACAUUAAAUUGCACUAGUCCGAAACAAUAGUGACAUUUGAGAUGUCAACCUCGCGUGCCAUCUGCAGCUGUGGCAUAUCACAACACCAGCCGUAAACUAAAAUAAUAAUUUGCUGAAUGCUGAGAUGACUUCCUGCAAAGAAAGAGCUUUCUCGUAGUGACUUUCUGUAACGGCACAGGCGCACCUGAAACUGUCCUUUCCUUGAGCGUAUCUGUUUAAUCUGCACAGCCAAUGGCAGACACCACAUGUCAUACUGUUUUUUAACAGGCGUCGACGUACACACCAUGGAAGUGCUGAAUUAGGGUGUGACAAAUUCGGCAGUAGUGUGGAAAGAGCCAUCACUUCUUCCUUUGGUAUCUGAUCCGUAUCAAACACUUUAUGCUUCAGCACUAUUGUAGUCUCUCCUCUUUUUCUUCCUGCCAUAUUGGUUGCUUAGUAAUAAUUAUUUAAAUGUAUUCUGCUAAAGAACUUUAUAUAGUAGCCGAACUAUUAACAGACACCAUUAAAAGAAUAAUUGUUUAAAUAGCUCUUCAAACUGGAACAACUGGAUUUUUUCUUGGCCGCACUCAAAUGGUAAAUUACCUAGGAUUUGUAGCUAUUGCAGUGGGAUAACAGCCUAAAAGUCUACCUUACAUUUUGGUAAAUUUACGUUCUCUGUGCUAUGGUGUUUCCUAUGGCCGCCAUCUUGGUUGUCAUGGUGGCCGUGUAAAAAAACUCAUGUCUGCUAAAAUCCUAAACCCUAACCCUAAAACUAUCCCCAAACGUAACCCUAAAACUAUCCUAAACCUAAACCUCAACUAAAAGUCAUGUGCGACUACAGUUACUCACUGACACUGUGGUGAGAAAACUGUAAAGAAAAAAGAAGAAAAAAACCAAUACAAAAUAAUUGUAAAAUAAUUAAAACCCAAUUUACAGUUGCAUAGAAUAUACUUUUACAUACUUUAUUUCAGGUUCCACCGAAAAGAAAAUUAAAAGUUGUCAGAAAAUCAAUACAAUACAAUAAUUAAACCCAUUUUCCAAAAUGCUGGCAAAUUUGAAUAUUACAACUAACCAACUAAUCAAAUAUUAAAAUUAUAAUUAACCAACCAAUGAAAUUAUAAUUUAAAACAACAUUCCAUCAUCAUAUUAAAGGAAAGUGAACUCUAGUAACAAAAAGAACAAGAAAAAGGAGAUAAUAUUACACAGACACAAGCCAUGGUGCAGAGAACGUAAAUUGCACUAAAUUUUAAGUUACGACUUAUUAAUUAGGUUUUGGUCUUUCAUGUGCCAUUGAAAAUUGGGUAAAUUUACACAAUCUGCGCCACUUUGAGUUUGUAUAGGGUUCACUCUCCUUUGAUUAUUUGUGGAUUGUCGCUAUAGUCUAAGAGUUAACUUUUUCCAUUUUUAAUUAUAGACACAGAAGUAAGGUUUUGGAAAAUAUUUUUUUUUUCUGAGUUUCUUUUCAUAUAAUUGGCAAUUUAAAUUAUUUAUUGAAAAAUUUAAAUUUAUUCAUUGUAAGAAGUGGCAGCGAAAGAAUACUACAAGAAUUCACAUGCUACUACAAUGUUCAUGUGCUACUACAAAAGUUCAUGUGCUACUACAAAAGUUCAUGUGCAUAAUUAACGAAUAUUAAGAUAACAUUUAGUUUUAUUAUAAUAAUUAAUGUUCAAUUUGCAGUUAAAUAUCAUUUGAGGCGUUUGAAAUUAAAUGUUGCAAAUCAUGUAGAUGAAAAUGUUAAUUUUAGAAAUUAUUUGUUAAUUGAGGUACUCUAAAAUUAUGCGGACAUAGAAAAAGAUUGCUGGAACUAUCUUAAAAAAUAACAUUACAUCAUUGUAAUUACAUCAUUGUAAUGUUCCAACUGUCAUUGCUGCUCUAGUGCCCUACAACCACUCUAAGUUUGAAAAUAAUUUUUUUCCCACUCUCGAUUUACACUCAAGGUGGGGGGGGGGUGGGGGUGGGGGGUGGGCGGGCAAAAUUUACAAGGUAUCUACGCUUGACUUAGCAUACAGGUUACAAAGCGUUUUCUUAAAAAACAUUACAUUAAAGUUUGCAUUUUUUUGUGCUCAUUUUUAACAUUUUUAUUUUUAAUUUGUUGAAUUUUCACUUCUUCCAAUAUUAUUUAUUCAGUUUUCUUAAUUGUUAAGAUUUUUAUGUCAUGCAGGUUUCAAAUAAACACUUUAUUUCAAUGUCUUUUUAUAUAUUCUGAUGAAAUUCUUUUCAGUAAGAAACAACACAUUCUCUCCCUUUACCUUCCCCAUCUUAGCAGAAUGUUUUUGCACUACUUUUUUGUUGUUGACACAGCCACCAUCUUUGUUGCCAUGAAACAUUUGUCCUCAUGGCAAGAAAGAUGGCGACUGUGUCAAAAAAAGAAAUAGAAAUGAGUGGUAUGGAUUGUGUACAUUUACUGAAAUGUGCUAUGAGUGCCUCGUCUGGCAUUCAGGAUGCACAUAGACUAUAGUAUGUUAAAAUAUAAUUCAUAGCUCAUAUCACUUAUAAUAAUAAGUCGGUCCGAAAUUAUAGGGUAAAGAGAUUUUAGUAAAGGCCAGUGGUGAACCUAUUUAUGGCCGCAUGCAGCAGAGCACUCUCUGUUUACUGACCAGCCAAGUUGCCCUAGCAACCAAGCAUUGGCUAACAGGGCACAUAGGAGCCAUGCACAUCUUUGGCGAGCAGCACUAGUGCAAAUUUAUCUGUGUGCUAAACUCUUUCUUGACCAUCUAAUAUGUUUCACAUAUACCUAAUACUUAAGAGUGGAUUACGCACUUUUCAGGCUUUUCCUCUCCAAAACCAAGGGUCUCAGCUUAUGAAAGAGUUAAUACAGUGUAGGUUAUACUAUUUAAAAGAUAUCAAUAAACAGACCUGUUUACUCUUACGAUUUCGGCGUACAAUAUACGAUUUUGAGGCCUAAAUAUUAUAUGCACCGUAUGUUUUUCGUACUAUUCAGAUAAUUUAUUGAAUGAUUUUGUGAGGAUAUUGUACGAUUUUAAGAGUUGAAGGGUAAACAGGUCUGAAUAAAUAUCAAAAUUUGAUUUUUUUAAUGAGAGUUUGCUAUUUUAUGAUUUCUUUCCUACAAGAAAUUUAUUUGCCUCGACAAUGCCUUAAAAAAUAAAAUUGAACACAUUUAACCUCAGACCUGUUUACUCUUAUGAUUUUGGCGUACAAUGUAUGAUUUUGAGGUGUGUACAUUAUAUAUACAGCUCGUUUUCACUCUAUAAAGAGAAUGUAUUGAACGAUUAUAUGAUGAUAUUGUACGAUUUUAAGUGUUUGAGGGUAAACAGGUCUGUAACAUAAAUUUUUUCAUAUAUUCUAUAAUAGGUUUCCAAGGUAGUGAUUGGCCAGAAUGGUAUUCUGUCCACACCAGCUUGCUCUCAUAUUAUUAGAAAAAGACAGCUGUGUGGCGGCUUCAUUCUCACAGCAAGUCACAACCCUGGGGGACCUAAAGGAGACUUUGGGAUAAAAUACAACAUUGAAAAUGGGGGUUUGUUACAUCAUAUAAUCUGUAGCUUUUCCUGGAAGCUUAUUAUCAAUGAUAUAUGAAUAUGAUCUAAUAAAUCAGAAAUUCUUUGAAAAAUAUUAAUGGUAUUAACAAUUGAGAAUAAAUCGAUAAUUUUAUCUAACAUAAUAAAGUAGAAUUUAUAACAAUCCUGUCUUUAUUGAAGUGUAAUGUUUACAAUAAUCUUAAAAAAAAAUUCAAUUCUGUUUACAAAUCAAGAUUUUUCUCAUCAUUUCAGGUCCUGCCCCAGAGGCCAUCACAAAUGAAAUAUAUGAAAUUUCAAAGUCCAUUAGUGAAUAUAAAAUAGUUCCCAAUCUGAAGGUUGAUUUGGAAAAAUUAGGAACAUACAAGUACAAGAUUUGUGGGUCUGAAUUCACUGUUGAAGUUAUUGAUAGUACUGCUGAUUAUGUAGAGUUUAUGAAAACAAUAUUUGACUUCACUACCAUCAAGAAAUAUCUCCAGUCCCAGAAAGUUUUAUUUAAUGCAAUGAGUGGAGGUAUGUACUCUAAAAUUCUCUUAUAUCUUAGCCAUAAUACCAAAGAAGGCAAGCUUUUUAUGUUACAUGAAAACUAUGAACAUUAAAUCCAGUAAUCUAUCUAUUAAGAUUUUAAUUUUUUAUUCUCCAGUCCUGUCAAAGGUGUAAUGAAAAUAUUUGAUACAAUUUCAAUUUUUAAUGAAUGGUAAAGCUACCAAACUAGCUAUUUAUCGUCCUUUUCCUUGUAUCCAAAAUACGUUUUGGAACAAAAAUGGAAAUAGGAAAGUUUUAGUAGCCUUCAUUACCAUUAAUCAAAUAUGGUUAAAAACAGUUUUAUUCCCUUUGAUAUUAUUGUGCUGUUCCUAUAUGGUCCCAACUUUUAUUUUGCUUGUCCCAUAAGAAUAUCCAAGACAAAAAACUACAAAGAGACCAUAAGUCGGCGUAAGUGAGGAUAUCAAAUGAAAAAAAGAUUAAAUGUGUCUAGUAUGUCUCUACUCAGACUAUUAAAUUGAAUUUGAAGAAUGUUUUGUGGAUAAUUUUACAAACAUGUUUUUCUCCACUGUGUACAACUCAAAUAAAGGUUGUAAAACUGAAUAAAUAUUCUGGUCUUGCUAAGAUUAAGUUCAAUUUCCGUAAAUUAUGAAUUUUUCCUCAAUCAGUCACAAUCCAGAUUUAAUUUAUUUAGCUAGAAGUAGGUAAGCUAAAAUAAAAAAAAAAAAUGAUUGCUUUUACACAUUGAAGUAAAAUUGGAUUUAAAAAAGGGCAGAUAAAAAAUUAAAUUAUUUCUGUGUCAUACAUUUAUUUCAUGUUAGAUAGUCAUAGUUUAGAAACACCUUAUUCUUUGCAUGCAAAUUUUAUUUGCUACUAUUAAUAUUUCACAACAACACUAAAGCAUGUUUUAAAUAACUAUCAUUUUAGUCAGAUACAAAAUAUUUUCUUUAUAUCAUAUAGUAACUGGACCUUACCUCAGAAAAAUAUUUGUUGAGGAAAUGGGCUUGUCACAUGACUGUUGUCUUAAUUGUGACCCCUUGCCUGACUUUGGAGGCAAGCACCCUGACCCUAACCUAACUUAUGCCAAAGAUCUUGUGGACAUAAUGGAAGAAGGAAAGCAUGAUUUUGCUGCUGCUUUUGAUGGAGAUGGAGUACGUACAAUAUAAUUACAGUAUUUUAUUGAAUUAUUAUGCAAAUAUGGUAACUAACUAAAGGCUUAAUUGAAGGUUUCUAUGUUUUACAUUACUAAUUAAUGCUUCAAAAAUGUCAUUUCAAUGCUUAAAAAAAGGUUGUAGAAAACACAAGCCCAGUUAAAAAUACCUAGUAAUAAUUAAUACCUUUUUAAGUAAAAAAAUAUAAGCUAUAUAAAUAUUGAAAAACUGGGUUAUUAAUCCCCAUCAGGUGUAUUUACCAACAAAUAUCUAUUUAAAAAAAGGAGAGCUGCUUGGAGAAAAUAGGUGGAAGAAUAGUAUAAAAUAGGAUUUUAAAUUGCUAGUUCAACAAAAUAAAGACAUUAUAUAAUGUUUAUUAAAAGGUUAAAUGUUCCUAAUCCAUUUACUAUUUAUAACUAUGCCGACCAUGUAUCAGCAUGAACAAAGGUAAACAAUUUUUUUUCUAUUUAACAAUUUAUAAAAAUUCAUAAUAAUCAUGUUUUUCUGGUCUCUCAGGACCGUAAUAUGAUCUUAGGUCAUAAGGCUUUUUUUGUCACACCAUGUGACUCUUUGGCUGUUUUGGCGGCAAAUUUAGACUGUAUACCAUACUUCAAGGAAAAUGGUGUAAAAGGAUUUGCUCGAAGCAUGCCCACAUCUGAGGCUGUAGACAAGUAAGUGCUAGGGUCCCUCCAACUUAGGUUCAGCAAAAGUCUUUGGAAACUAACAAGUUAUAAAAAUACUUUUGUUUUGUAUUUAUUAGAAGAAAAUGGCACGUCUGGACUUUGUUUUAUGGUUAAUUUAUUUUUUUAAUUUUUAAUUAUCUGGUAUAAAUUUGGAUUAAAAGAAACAAAUCAAGGAGAUAAAGUUUAUUGCCAAAUUAUUUGAACUCUGGCUUCUCACAAAUAGAGUUGGCACCCGAAUGUGUCUUAAUUUAAAUUUAAGAGGAAAACUUGUAUUGAUAGUACUUUAUUACUGAUCUUAAAAAGAGUAAUUUAUUGCUAGCCUUAAUUUAAUUGAAAUAGCCGAAAUGCACCAAAGUGCUAUUGUUCUGACAUUUUUAUCACAUAAACUUUCAAAUAAUUACAAAAGUUCAAGAUCUUUGUACAACAUUUAUGCAUACCAAGCCUUUAACAAUUUAUUUUAUUUAUCCAAAUAGUAGACAUCUUCCAUUAACAAAACCCCAUUAAAUUUUUUAAGACCAAGUCUUUACUGUUCUAUUUCUUAGUAAUUCUUACUAACACACGCCUCUUACCACGCCUGGAGCAUAUGCUGCCUACAAGAAUUUUCCAUUCAUGUCAGUCCUUUGCUUUCCUUUCUAUUUGCUUCCAGGUGUUUCCCAUACUUUGUGUGCCUGCGUCUAGCUUGCGUCUCCAUGUAUUCUUCGGCCUCUUCUCUCCCUUUUUCCUUGUGGAUUCCAUGUUAGGAAUUGUCUAGUGAUGUUAUCUGGGGCUGUAGGAAGAGUGUGCCCUAUCCACCAUCAUCUUUUCCCUAAAGAUGCCUUCAGCAACAGGCUCUUGGUUUGUCCUUUCCAGUAAGUCUUUUUUGGUGAUGAUUUUUGGCCAUAUUUUGUUCAGAAUCUUUCUAAGGAAAGUGUCUGUGAAGGUCUGUACUUUUUACAUGAUGCUCGCUGUUGUUCUCCAAGUUUCAGCACCAUUAAGUAGGACUGUUUUGACAUUUGUGUUGAAAAUUCUGACUUUAUUUUGCAGUCCGCUCCUUUGCCCCCCAAUACUCCCAUACUUUUCUUAAUUGCACAAAUGCUGACCUAGCCUUUCAAACUAUAGCCCUGACAUUAAUUUCUUGUAUCAAUAAUUAAUUCUUGACUGCAAGAUAUCUUUGAACAAAAAUUGAAUUCAAACAGUUAAAUUGGUAAAAAAAUGCUGUGAACUAAUUCCAAAUUAUAAUCAGCUAUCUAUUCUUUAAUUUUUUUUUCCCCAUAGCAUCUCUUUCUUUGAGCCCCACAUUUACACAACUAAGAUUUUUUAACACUUGUUACCUAGAGUUGCUCAGUUGGCUGGCAAGGAAUGUUACCAAGUUCCCACUGGAUGGAAGUUUUUUGGUAACCUCAUGGAUGCUGGCAAGAUAAAUCUCUGUGGGGAAGAAAGCUUUGGUACAGGAUCUGAUCAUAUCAGGUUAGUAAAGAUAGUAAGAUACAGAAAUGUGUUAAAAUAAUGGAUCAAUUAAAUACUGUGAAGAAUAAACCUGCAUUUAAUAUUGAUAACAAGGAAUGUAUCACAAUAGUGGUAUUUGAGAAUGCCAUAAUAUGGGCUAGGAAAUAACCCAACUUAAACUUAAAAAGUGUGGAUAUGUCAUUUCAAGCCUUUGAAGUCUUGAGGGCAAAGAAAAAAUGUGUAAACACUGACAGGUGAUGGGAAAAAAAAAACUAACCUGAGGAAAAGAACAGAUAUUACUAGCAAAAGAAACAUACACAAAUCAUUAAAAGGGCUUCGAAGAUUCUUUUGAAGCAAUUAAGAGCUACUAUAAAAUUUUGUUCAGAUUUCCCUUUCUGAUAGUCAAAAGUCAAUAACCCGAUUAAUCUUAAAAAAGGGGAUAAAAAUAGCCUACUAACUAGCAUAUCAUCAAUGUUCUGAUCAGCUUGUGUAGCUCUUGAAAUUUCUUUUCACUGCUACACUUGCAAAGUAAUAUUCUAUGAUAACUCAGGUAAGUUGUGAGAAUGAAACUGAAUGCAGAAGUCUUAAUGGAUUAAAAAAAAUAUAUAUAUAAAUCCUUGAAAAAUUUGCCCAUUAUUUAAAUUCGUUGGCAUUCCACAGAGAAAAGGAUGGCAUAUGGGCAGCUUUGGCCUGGCUCUCAGUAUUAGCAAAUUCUGGUAAAAGUGUAAAAGACCUCCUUUUUGACCAUUGGACAGUAUAUGGAAGGAAUUUCUUUACAAGGUUACUUAUAAUCAUUAAUUGUUUCUAUGUCGGAUAAAGAUACAAGUAAUUGUAAUUUAUUAUUAUUUUAAACUUUCUUCCUUUGUUGCCUUACAGUGACCCAAUGUCUUCUUUUUACAAUGAAACACCCCCCCCCCCCGCACCCAAAUUUUUUGGCCUAACCCAAAACAAGUCUUAACAACUUUCUUCCUUUGUUGCCUUACAGUGACCCAAUGUCUUCUUUUUACAAUGAAACACCCCCCCCCCCCGCACUCAUAUUUUUUGGCCUAACCCAAAACAAGUCUUAACUACAACAAUUUCCCCCUUUUUUUUCUUCUGGUAAAGCCAGCCAAAUAAUAAUUUAUAGUUAUUAAUUGACCAGGUCAAGUCUCCUCUUACUGUGUGCAAGUAAACUGGGAAAGGGGGGGGGUGGUGGUAGUUAGACUACCAUAGAGAUUCAUUCUGUGUAUGCUCCCUAGGUAUGAUUAUGAAAAUGUAUCAUCUGAUGCUGGAGAUAAAAUGAUGGAACUGCUUACAAAAUUAAUUGAAGAUCCAAAAACAAAGAGCAUGACCUUCUCAGAUCCAACUGGGAAAUCUUACAAGAUGUCUCACCUUGACAACUUUGAAUAUAAGGAUCCAAUAGAUGGGAGCAUCAGUAAAAACCAGGUCAUUUCAAAAAUAAUUUUAAAAUAGGUGUAAAAAAAUUACUAAUUAAUUAAUUCCAAUGACUUUGAUGAAUACUAUUUAAUUUUUUAAAAUCAGUUAACAUAGUCAAUUUCUGUUAACAUUUUCCAGUCAAAUCUUUGAAUUCCACAUAAUUAUCCAAGAAAUUAAGGGGUAUGUUUUUAGGUUAAUUUUUAGAAGAUUUUACAUAUGGUGGGGGGAUCCUGACAUAAAAUUCCAAAAAAGAAAAUUUCAAACUGGUGUUUUUGUGCAUUUGAAAUAACUUCCAUUUUGAUAUAUUUAUUUUACAAUCAUUUUAGUUUUUUUUUAAAUAAGUUAUUACAAUAAUUUAAACAUUUUGUAAGAUGUAUCUUCUCCCCAAACAUGAUUUUUUUUUUUGUUGUAAAAAUAAAAGUAAUUAGUUUCAAUGUUAACCCACGAACUGUUUAGAGGUUUUUGGGUGCUUUUGAAAAACAUGAUUUUUCACAUGCAAAUACUAUAGCUAGAACCCAUAAAGUAUAUAUUUAUUGAAAGUAGACUGGGUGGGGAAUCAUACUUGCAAUUUUUUAAUGAUAUUUUUAAUGAUAUUUUAUACUCCUGACCAUGACCUUGAUCUUGGAGUGACCAAGAAUAAAGAAAAUAAAGACAAUUUUUCUUUUCAAGGACCUCAAACCACAAUUUUUUGAAGGCUUAUUAUAAUAAUGUUUAUAUAAUAUGAUAGCAUUUUUAUUAAUCUUUUAGAAAAUGUAUUAUUUGUAUAUGUUUUAGUUAUUGAUAGAUUUAUAAAAAAAAAAAAUCUUCUGAUACCUUUAAUUUACAUUCAAGUAACAAAGCACAACAUAAACCAUGUAAACAUUACUAAAAAGCAAGAAAAAAAUUAAAUUUAAAAAGCUGCUAUAUAAAUAUUUAAUCUAUAAAAUGAAAUAUAAGAAAACAUAUAUAGAACAACAUCCAAUAAUUUUCAUUGGUACAAAAUCAUCUGCAACAUAGUUUUGAACGAGUCAUAGUGUUGCGGCAACUCCUACUUGUUUUAGGCCUAGGUCUAAAUCGCCAGAACUUUCGCUUUCUGACCCACUUGAAAAAAAAUUGGAGUUAUCAUUGUUUUCGUCUGUGAUCGGCAAAUAAUCUUCCGAACACUUAAGUCAUUAACUAGAAAGAAUUUUCAAAAAGAUUCCUAACUGAUUUAUUUUGUAAGCCAGGUGGUUCAGCUAUAGCCUUAUCCACUUUGCGAAAAUCUACUGACAAAAAUUUGCUUGAUAAAGAUCGUUGUAAAAAAACCCUCCAAAGUUUAUAAAAAGAACACAGAAGAGCGAAAAACGGACGUUCGUUUAUUAAUAAAGGGAAGUCGUUUUAUUUGAUGUAAAAUAUUGGACUGGAACUUAUUCUUUCAACGCAUUUUUUAUGGGCCGACAUAGUUUGGGAAGAGGAAAUCGGCCGAUGACAGUUCAUGGGUUAAAUUUGACAAAUAAAAAGGAAGGAACUGAAAGUAAAAAUUCUAGAAAAUCAUCAAGUUUUUUUCAUGAAAGUAUUAGUUAUCUAAAAAAAAAAAAGCGGUUUAAAUUUGUCCCCAUAUAAUAAAAGUAUAAAGUAGCUUCUGGAAAUGGGGAGGAGAUUUUUAUGUGAAAUAGGGAGCACAUUUUUAUGGCAAAUCUGGAAAUUAAUUCUUUGAACACUGCCAAGUAGGGGUUAAUUUAUGGAUUUCACAAUAGUAUGUAGUUGUUUUUAUAUGGAAAAAAAAUCAUUGAUCUUUGCUUUAUGCCCAAUUUUUUUUAAAAAAUUCAGAAUUUUGGAAUACUUAUAGAUAAAAAAAAAAAUUUGGAACAUUUCUGUUGACCAGUUUGCAAAAAUGAAGCAUUAAAAUUGUGUUUGAUAUCUAUAAACACAAUAUAAUUUUUAUCAGCUACCUCAUUUUUUUUAUAGUUAUGAUUGUUGGAAUCAAUGUCCAGUUAUUUGGAAGAUUAUUGUUCAAAAUUUAUUGUUGAAAAAUAUUGUCAUGGCUAUUAGUUAAUAGUACUAGUGAAGUCUUAUUAUUGCCUUUAAUAUGUCCAAUUUGUUCAACAGUUUUCUGGAACUACCUUCAUAGGAAUUCAAUGACUUAAUCAAUUGACUCUAUUGGUAUACUUGUUAUCUGCAGGGAAUUCGUUUUCUUUUUGAAGAUGGUUCUAGAAUUAUUUACCGCCUGAGUGGCACCGGUAGUUCAGGGGCCACAAUUCGUAUAUAUGUUGAAGGUUAUGAGAAGUAUGCCAAUCCACAGUUUUACUACCAGGAUGCACAGGUUAGUUUGACAUAAAUUCAUGUUCUUUGAUAGAUAUUAAAAAAUUCAAUUUCUACUAGAAAAUAGCUGUAAACAUUGUUUGAGUGCUUUGUAAUACCAGCAAGGAAGCAAAGCAAUUGAAUAAAACUUUAAUAGUGAUGUUACUACUACUAAAACAAAUCAAAAGUAUUCACAAACAAUCUGCUCAACUAUGCAUCUUUUUAAGUUAACAUAAUUGUGAGAUUUACCCUAAUUUUUUAACAGUGUCAAGUGUGUUAGUGACAUAAUUGCCUGCUCUCUAACAAAAAGUAUCAACAUAGUUCAUCUUCUAACUGGCUUCCUCUAUCCAUGUGUUUGAAAACUAUUCAUAAUUCUCCACCACUGCUCUUGUAAAAAAUUCAUUCUGAAAUAACUGAAAAAAACUGAGAUGGUUUUUGAGUUUGAGAGUAUUGGAACCAACCUCAUCUCAGAAAGCAAAAAAUCUACAGCUACAACAUUUGAAACUUGAAGAAGUCACAUUUAUCUAUUAAUUUAUUUUAAACUAUUUAAAUAUUUAACUACCAGUAUCUUCUUCGUUUAACACCAUUUUAAUUUUUUAUUUGUUAUUUUAACUAAUUAAGUAUUGAAGAAGCUUUAUAUUUAGUAGAAAGCCCUAUUUUGUGUGAUAAUCUAACUUAAAACUUGAGUUAAUUGAAUUUAUAUUAUUAUUAUUUUAAAAAAAAAUCUAGUACACAGUUUAGUAUCAUUUUAUUUGUUCAGUGCUAUUUUUGAAGCAUAGAAUACUCCAAUGAGGGUUGAUUCUAUUUCAAAUGGAAAAAUAGACUUGGUUACAAAAAUUCAUGUAAAAUUUCUAAUAGGCUCCCAAUACCCAAUGACAAUAUUUGAUUUAAAAAUACAUGUUACCAAUCCUUGACAUGCUAUUCUACACCAUUUCAGGAAGUGCUCAAGCCUCUUGUUACUAUUGCCUUACGUACAUCUAAACUAAAAGAGUUGACCGGUCGAGAGGAGCCAACAGUCAUCACAUGAGCUUUUCCACAUUUGAUGAUCUAGCAGAUGUUCAGUCCUCAGAUACCCGAAUUCAGUUAUCUUACACUCUGUGUGAAGAUGAGAGUAAUGGGUCCCUACUUGGUGUUAUAUUUAUUGUUUAUAAAAUAUUAUAUCCAGAUCCUAAUUCAAUUGCAUGUUACUUUUAAUCCAAAUUUUAAUGAUCCGUUUUAUUGUUGACAUGCUCUGCUCCCCAUAUAUUUUCACAUAAUUUUGUUUACCCUGCUCCUUUUUAUUUUGUUUGGAAAGAUAGCAUUUGAAUUAAUCUUUCUGAACAGUGUUGUGUGAAUCUGGCCAUGAACUGUGUCAUGUUAAUCAGGCAAAUAUGACAUUUUUAAUAACAUUCAUUUUAUGUCAAGAUCUUUCAACAUAAAUUUUGUUUCUCCUAGGUAAUAAUUUUAAUAAAUACGACUUUCUAUGCCUCUGAUGGAGACUUAUUCUUUUUUGUCUUGAAAAUUAACGCUGCAGCAUGAUGCAAGUGUAUUCAGCACUUAAUCUCUGUUGGCUCGUUAGACCUAAGUCAGACAUAACCCUCACCGACUGGUGCUUGUACCUAUGUAGAAGGCCUGUUAAAUUGCCUAAUGGUGUUCAGUGCAGUCUCUCGGGGCCUUCACAAACACAGCAUAACUAAAUUGAAAAAAAAUCUGCUUAGCUGGAUCUAAUUAUUCAUAAAGGGCACUUUGAGUAUUAAAUGUUCAGUAGAAGAACUCAUUGAAGCACCAUGUCUCUUGUCUUUCAUAAUGCACAUCAUCUAAAGCUAAACAUUUUCUUUACAGAGAUUUUGGUUGAAAUAUUAAUAAAACCCUAAAAGUUAAAAAAUUUUUUUUAUAUUUAUAAACAAGAGGGGCAUUAUUUGAUUUAAUGGCAAUGUGAAACAGCUGAUAUAAGUAACAAACUGAAUCACUGUCUGAAACAGCUAUUAUAAAUGCUGCCACUGCAAGUAACCAGCUGCAGGUCCUGAUGGGGCCUUAGUAAAAAAGAAGGCAGAUGUUACAGGUUGCAUCAGAAUAAUGGUGCAUUGGUUCUUUUUGUUGAACAGAGUUUUAUGAUGAUUAAAUAGGAAUAAUUCAAUGGAAGGGAUCUAUGCAACACCAUAGUCGAGGAGAAUAGUUAGGGUUAGUCCCCACUCAGACCUGAAAGUGAAAUCCUAUGUAGCGUUUUGUUAUAAUAAAAACUUGUAUGUAUUGGCUUUCACCAAUCUCCAUUCUUUUCUGUUUUAUUUGUAAUCUACUUAAACCCAAAUGGAAGGUGGUGUGACUUUUCCCUGUUUAUUUUUAUGAUAUCUCAAGUUUCUUUCAUGGUGAAAUUAUUUGGUUUCUUGAAUUGAAAAAAAAAAAAUCAUAUUUAAAAUUAAAAAUGGA